UGUGCAGGUCGCUGAGUUAAAAAUUAAAAGUUUUUAUAUAAGAUCUAAAGAAAUAAACAAAAACCUAGUUUGGGCAUAAAGCGCAAAAUAUACAUAUGAAUAGAGUGCACAGAAUGGCUUGGAUCAACGUUCGGAUAUUUCUGAAGCUCUCUUCGCAGCGUUGCCACCUUCUGAGCGGGACCGGUAGCGGAAGCAGAAAAAGCGAGUUACCUGGAGGACACGGACCAGUCAUCUUUGAAUCGGAUGUCCUUGCGAGUAUUUCAAAUUCCAGAUACUUGGAGGGCUUGUUUGCGAAAUGGAUCAAGGACAAUAACUCGAUAAAUGGAUCAUGGCAGAAACUGUUCAAAGAAAUAGUAGAGGAACAAAAUAAGACGACGAUGACCACUGUGAAGCAAUUCUAUUCCAAUCCCUGUGAUGAGCCAAACUUAAAUGUCAAGUGCGGUAACAGACCCACGGGGGAUCGAAUUGAACGCAGAGCAUCCUGUUCAGACAAGGAAAGGAACAGCCCCCCAACCGACCUUACGAUUGAAGCUCCAAUGCCUGUGACGGAACCAGCAGUUUCUUCUCCGUCAUUGGAGAAACAUUCGGGCAAUUCGGAAUUUUACCGCAAUUCUUGUCUAGUUUGUCCUCAAAGGGAAGACAUGGAAGUUCUUUCACUUUCCACGGAAAUAAGGACAUCUGGAAUAUACGACUGUCAGAAUGUUACCAUAUUACCAACAAAUUCUAUUCAAAAACGCAAAGGAAGUUUAACUAAAGGGACCAAAAUUGGAAGCAAGGUCCCUAGUUCUGUUUUAACUGUUAAAGAAGUAAACAUAUUUUUAAAAAAUAUGACUAGAAGAAUGUCACUAAAGAAACCACCGAAGGAUGAGGAAAAAUCAACUGUGACGAACCAAUCUAAGAAAGUUCUGAUUAUUUCAAGAAGAAAGAGGCGCAAUGGUUUUCAAAGGAAAUAUCGCUCCUUCGAAACGUUGCUGAAACAUUGGAAGCACGCUUCCAAAAAGAACAAGCUAAACAGUCCUGUAAUGGUUAUAAAAAGACGUUCACGACCAACUUUUAAGCCCAAAAAUGUGAUCUUCUUCAAAAACUAUUACGAAAAAAGUCUGAAACAAAACCAAAAAAGUGUACCUAAAACUGUACAUAAUCGGGAAAUCAAAUUACCUUCGAAGCCAAAAGAUGCAAAAUCAAAGGAGCCUAACCAUAUUAACAAAUAUGAUUUCAAUAAAAUGCAAUUAAAUACAUUGGAAAGUGAAGGUGAAUGUCUCUUAACGAAAUCUGAGACUCAAGAUAACUCGGUUUCAGAGAAUAUUAGAACAGUCUGCGAUGAGAAAUAUAUGAGUGACUCAUAUGAGACUCUUGGGGAACUCAUUAAUGAUAUUGAUGACACCACUUUAAAUGAGGAUUUGCCUGAUCCUGAGUCUGUUAAGCAGGACAAUAAUUUCUCAAGCGUUUUAGAAAAUACUCCAAAAAAGGUGCCUGCAGAAUUUCAAACGGCGCUUAGAGUUUUUAGACCUGAACCAACGAUUAAUCCAAAAACUGAUGAUAAACCAAGUUUAAAUAUCAAUAUCAAUUCACCUCAAAAGUCAAAUAGUUCCAGUUUAAAAAAGGCGAAGAACGAUACAUUCAUACCAUUAAGGGUUUUCAAUGCCGAACUUAAGCAUCUCCAAAAAGCUUUUGCCAAGGAUCAGGAUAAAUCAUGGAUAUAUUUGGAUGAGCUAUCACUGAAAAGUCUUCAAAAACCGACUCUAGAUAAGGACUUCAGCACUAUGAAACCAAAAAGCUAUAAUGUUUCAAAAUCCUCCGAAGACCUCCAAUUGUUAAGUUAUAAUCUUAAGGACAGCAGUGCUAAAAAGCGUUUGGAGACCAAGGAUAACGAUGAGGCGAAUGAUGAGAACCCUUCUAAUCCAUUGAAAUAAA